AUGGACGGCACGAUCAUCGACUCCACCGACGCCAUAGUGAAAUACUGGAUGGAACUCGGCAAGCAGAUCGGUCAGCCCGGCGAGGUGAUUCUGGAAACCUCGCACGGACGCAGAUCGAUAGAUGUUCUUGGCCUUUUGGCGCCAGAGCAUGCCAACUGGGAGUUCGUUUGCGAUGCCGAAGGUCAGGUGCCACUCAAGUACGGCCGUGACGCUGUGGAGAUUCCGGGCAGCCGCAGCAUACUGGAGAAGCUGGAGUCGGCCGGCGCACCGUGGGCCAUCGUGACAAGCGGUACUAAGCCUUUAGUCACAGGUUGGCUGGAUGUGAUGAAGCUGGCGCAUCCCAAGUAUCUGGUGACAGCCGAGGAUGUAGCAAACGGGAAGCCGGACCCGGCAUGCUACAGGUUGGGCGCCAAACGGCUAGGCUUCGACGAUGGCAGCGGUCGUGAGGGUGGCAAAAGGAUCGAUCCGAGCCAGAUUGUAGUGUUCGAGGACGCUCCUGCGGGUGUUCGAGCUGGAAAGGCGGCAGGCUACAAGGUUGUUGGCCUUGCAACUACUCACGCAGUCCCGAAGCUGCAGGAUGCUGGCGCUGAUUGGAUCGUCAAAGACAUGCGGAGCGUUACCAUGUCUCGCUGGGACGCGAAGUCAGGCGUCGUGACUGUCGAGAUCAAAGAUGCGCUCGUCCCCUGA